AUGUCGGGUCGUGUUAGGAAGCAGUCGGACUGUCCUGUAAGCAAACAAGGUCCUAUGAGGGCCACUUUACCAGUUUCCUCGGUGAUGAAACAAAGCGGUGGCUUAAAGAAAAACGCUGGUAAUAGUCCAACAUUAUCACCUACAAAUGUGUGGCGUCGAAUAUCACCAGAUCAUGCACUUUCUGGUCAGCGAAGUCCUGGAGCUGUCAACUAUAAGGGCAAAGGACGGUUUGGUGCUAGUGUAAUCAGGCGUACAGCAUCCCUUGACACCUUAUAUCACAAAGGACAAUGGUCUAGAGAUUAUUAUCUGCAUGCAGGUCAUCUACAAGUUGAUAAAUCAACUCAAACUGAUGAAGGUGGUGGAGCAUCUGGCCGUUCAUCCCGUGGUGCAGAAGAUGAUAAACUGGAUCGUUUUUUGCGUAGUCGCCUUCAGAGACCACAUAAACCCUCUGCAUCUGGAGAUUACUCUGCCCACUCAAUGAGUCCUGGAUUCUGGUCUCGUUUUGGAACUGGAAGUGUACCGCUUAGGGCAGCUCGCUCAUCAGUUGAAGGUCUAAAUCAAGAAAUUGAGCGACUUGUCCUUUGCCCGGCCAGUGGCACUCAAACUCCUCAUCUUGAUCGGCUACGAGAUAAGGUCACACCGGAAGGUCAUCGUGCUCCACUGGCCGAGCUCCUGCGACGCUCCGUUAACACACAGACUCCGCAUGAUCUCUGUCAUACGGCCCAUUCCUCAGGUGGGAGUGUUUGUUCAUCUCCUGAUCUAGAUGGAGCAAAGCUUGGGACUUCUCCUCAAAUAAACCGUUUCUUGGCUCGCGAACCCCCCGACGGGUGUGAAAAGGUUAAUUUAAAAGCUGGCGAAGGCCCGCACACGGAACCUUUGUCGAUGAUGAAGCCAACAGUACCCGGGUUUACGUUGCGGCCGUCGCUGGGCUCCGCGUUCCAGCCGCUGCAGCCCGCGUCUCCCGCCCCGCCCGCCACCCCCCACUGA